AAGUGACCCAACAGCCCCAAGGCCAGUUUCGCACCCUGCGUCGCCCAGAUCGUUCCCGUACACCUCCGUCGUCGUGCCUCUGUCCCGGUCCUCUGUCCCCGACCUCUGGCCCGAUCCUCCGACCUGCUCUCGCGAUCGCCUCCUCGUGUAUACCCCCGCGUCCGAACCCUCGUCCGACCCCCUCGCGACCCGUCGACUCGCAUCGAAUCGUUUCGAAUCGCGGCGAAUUCUCUCUCGGGUCCCUAGAGUUCCCGCGACCUCGCGAGAGUGUCUACGCCGCUGCAACCUGUGACCUCGUGUGGUUCGAAUCGCUGGGGGUAUGAUCGCCGAGCCGAGGAUACAGAAUGAGGGGUGAAGGGAGUGCAGGCGCCAGAUCGGACAUAAGUGCGCGCGUGUGGUUCGUGUGUGUAUACAUGUGCCAUCCUCCGCGUCGUCGACGGUAAGAGGAAGAGAAGAGGACUCGGGCCAACCGGAGCUGGAACCGAAAAAUGGAUGCGACGCCACUGCGACUCGUUUCCGGACUUGUCCUGCUUUUGUUCGUCUGCUCCCUGUCACACUUUUGCGAUGCGUCAAGAGGAAGCGACUACUACGGCGCGUACAUCGGGCCCCUGAACUGCUCGUCCGAUGGAAACCAGAACGUCUCGUGCAAGGGAAUCAAGGGCGUUGUCUACGGCGUGGACGACUCGACGUUCUUCAUAAAGGGCUUCACGUACGAUGGGGCCGCGAUAGACGUGUUCUUUUGGGCCAACAACGGAACUACUCCCGGCCCGAACGGUUACAUAAUCCCGUAUCCGCCGGUGGAGUUGGGCAGGGAGCCGCAGGAGCUACAAGCGUACCACAAUGCGGACAUCAUCCUGGAGUUGCCUGCCGGGAAGAAGAUACGAAACGCGAACUGGCUGAGCCUUUGGUGCAGACGAUUUGCCAUGAGCGUAAGCAGCGUGCCUAUCCCGCAGAACAUAACGAUACCGAAGGUCAGAAUGCUGGCGGAGUUCACGAGGUUGGCUCACGGACUUCGUAGCGGGAAUAUCUCCAUCCUAGAUAGCAGAACUUUCUACAUACCGAAUUUGCAUUACGACGGGGCAGGCCCGGACGCUUACUUCAUGGUCGGGAACGGCACGCAGCCCCACGCGUUCGGCGUCAAAGUGCCCAACCAGGUUCAAAGUCUGGAGAAGCUGGGACCCUAUCAAGGCCAGGACAUCGAGAUAGUCUUGCCGGAUCACUUGACCGUGUACGACAUAGACUGGCUGGCGGUGUGGUGCGUGGAGUACAGGCACAAUUUCGGGCAUGUCAUGAUCCCGAAGGACUUGGACGUUCCUCCAGCACUCGGUCAGACGAAGAUCACGCCGCAUUGGUGGUACAAUCCUACGAGCAGCACAUUGCCCCCGCUGCCGUCGUCGGACGAGCAGACCGAUUGCAUCGAGAUGCUGGACGGUCGGGUGCAGGUGCAGUGGGUGAUCAUGGGCGACGACAUACAGAUUAAGGUGUCGGGACGCAUCCGCGAGGACCAGUACAUCGCGUUCGGCCUGUCCGGCAGCGAUGACAAGCCCGAGAUGCUGGGAGGAGACGUGGUCGUGGUCGCUUACGACAACAGGACCGGCAAAUUCAUCGCCGAGGACUAUUACAUGUCCGGGUACGCGCAGUGCAACGGCCUGACCGGCGUGUGCCCCGACGAGAGAAUAGGGGGCAAGAACGACGCCGUCUACGUGCACGGCGAGAGGAAGAAUGGGAUCACCAGAGUGACCUACAGGAGACCGUUGCAAACGAACGAGCCGGAGAGGGACAGAAUGAUCCCGACCUCGGAGACGAGCGUGAUCGCGGCGAUAGGACGGCUGAACACGAGAGGAGAGGCCAACGCUCACGAUAGCUUCGACAAGACGACCGGAGAUAUUCGUAUCGAUUUCACGUCGAGGAACGUCCACAAGUGCACGAAUUCUCUCUACAACGUGCCGGACAUGUCCGAUGUUGCACCCUGGCCGCCGAUGUCGAUCACCAACGAAACUACGUUUACCGCUAGGAUAGGGCCUACCGGCGGAAAGAGGGGAUACUCGAGGAUCACCGGUCUACCUUCCUGGGGCAUCGCCUGGUACAUCAACGAUCUCCUGAUCCCCGAGCUGACCGUCGAGAGGGGAAAAAACUACACCUUCAUCGUAGAGGGCGGGAAAGAUCCGACCAACAUUGCCAGUUAUCACCCUUUCUACAUUACGGACAGUAAGGAGGGUGGUUACGACCAGAAGAGCAACACGGAAAAAACGGACCAGAAGGUGUACGCCGGGGUGAAGUUCGACGCCGAAGGCUACCCCUAUCCGACCGCGGUUGGACGUUAUUGCGAAUGGAAGCAUAAGACUAUCGACAUGAGUCUGGAGAUGGAGACGUUCGAGAACUUCUUCGAGACUCUGCAGCUGGUGUGCGAUAAGGGCGAACCGGCCGAGCUCCACUGGACCGUCGCCGAAGAUACCCCGGACGUGGUUUACUACCAGUGCUACUCGCACAGGAACAUGGGCUGGAAGAUAAAUGUAAUCGGCGGCGCGUCCACGUCGCUGCCGAUAGCAUCGAUGGUGGUCGUAUCGUUGGUUCUCGGUCUCUUGAAUCUCCUCAGAUGAAUUCAUUGACGAUCCGGAUGCGAGACAGAGUCCCGCGAGAGGAGAGGGAUGGCGAAUUGGGGGAAUUGUCGGGACGCGGGGGUGGCGAACAGAUAAGAGAAACAAAUGCGACCGGGGGAUGUUCUCGCCUGACACGCAACAACGGUGAUAACAAAUUAGCAGGAGACAACUAAGAAGAGAAAGAGACGGAUGGAAAGGAGGGAAGAAGAUAAGAAGAAAAGAAGAGAAAACACAGAAAAA